UUAAUAAAAUAUGAAAAUGUUAAUAUCGAAUAAAUCAGAAAAAGGUAUCUGAAAUUAAAAUUAUUACAUAGACAUCUUAUCAUAUGUCGAUGUGGAUGAUUAAAAGAGCUCUAUCUGUACAGUUUAAUAGUAAACUAAUUUAAGAAAGUUAGCGCGCGUUUUCCGUAAAGUUUGGCGGCCCUGAUGAGAGUGCAGACGAAUAUUAUACCGGCAUCAUUAAUCUAACCUUAUCUUGAGACGUCAUGACAAUGACUUCAUUCUAAUUUAUUGAUUUUUUCUUAUAAACAACGAUAAAUAGAAUCCAAACGAUUAAGACAAAUAAAAUUAUCUAUAUUUGACGUUAUUAAUUCCAUAUAAAAAUGUUGUUCUACUCAUUUUUCAAAUCCUUAAUUGGAAAAGAUGUAGUCGUGGAAUUAAAAAAUGAUCUCAGCAUUUGCGGUACUUUACAUUCUGUGGACCAAUAUCUUAAUAUAAAAUUGACCGAUAUAAGUGUAACAGAUCCAGAUAAAUAUCCUCAUAUGCUAUCAGUAAAGAACUGCUUUAUUCGUGGAUCAGUAGUACGAUACGUACAACUUCCUGGAGAUGAAGUGGAUACACAGCUUUUGCAAGAUGCGGCCCGUAAAGAAGCAGCAGUUCAAACAAGAUGACAUGUUUUUCUUUUGAAAUAUCUUAUUAUUUCAUUGAUUCAUUUUAUACAAACUAUAUUAAAGAUAUCAAUUAAUUUAAAAAUAUAAACACAUGGUUAUUGCAUAUUUUUAAGUUCUCUCCAUAUAUAUUGUCUUUACAUGUACAAAAGCAGGUUUAAAAGAGAUAUUUAAAAAUGUUAUUUUUACAAGUAUAAAUUUAUUCAAAGAA